AUGGGAAAAGGAAUGAUCGAUUAUGAUCGAGGCGAUGAAACUGGAGAUGAGGACCGACCGAUGGAAUGGGAGGUAGGUCUUCCUACCCUCGAUGACCUAAUACCUUUAUCUCAACACUUGAUUACUCCUGAGCUGGCGUCGCUCUUCAACAUAACGCUAGAGCCAUGCAGAAGCAUGAUGGACGUAAAUCGAGUGUCGCGAGAUACCUUGGCGAGUCUUCGGUCACAGUCGCAACCGCUGUCAUCAUUCAAUAAUUUUGAUAUGAUGACUUUUGACAAUGGAAGGAAAAGGAAUGGUCUAAAUGUGGAAGGAGACGAGGAGGAUCUGGAUAGGGAGGAUGGUUCGGAGUCAAGAAAGCUUAGAAAGAUUGAUUUCAGUACGGAAGAGGCAGACUCAUCAUUACAGACUGCGGAUAACGGAUGCGACGAUGCAUCUGGGAAGGCAACAAAGCGACCGCGGCUAGUGUGGACGCCACAGCUUCACAAGAGAUUUGUCGAUGUUGUUGCACAUUUAGGUAUAAAGAACGCAGUCCCAAAGACUAUUAUGCAAUUGAUGAAUGUGGAAGGUUUAACUCGUGAAAAUGUCGCGAGUCAUCUUCAAAAGUAUAGAUUGUAUUUGAAGAGGAUGCAAGGGUUAUCCAAUGAGGGACCUUCUUCGUCAGAUCAUUUGUUUGCAUCCACACCUGUGCCACAAAGCCUGCAUGAGUCCGGUGGUCAAUUGAACACGCACACAAAUAACAAUGUUGCAAUGUCAAUUCCGAUGCCUUAUCCACCGCAAAUGAUGUCAAUGCCCAUGUUAGGCUUAGGACAUGGUCAUGGAAGUAGUAAUUCUUCGGUCCCUGAUCCUUACCUCGGAUUUGAAUUAUGUCAAUACAAUAUGAUGCCAAAGAAAGACUGGUCAUUAGGGAAGAUUGCUUCAUCACAUCACCAUGUUGGUUCAAACGAAAAAUGA